CUUCCUGUGAGACGGUUGGUGCCUUAGCAACUAAACCUAGUAACUAGGGAAUCUUCAAGUGCUUCGAAUUUCCGUUGAAGGGCCUUGGAAACCUUUCGCUCAUAAGGUGCGGUUUCCAGCCUCCUGGGCAAGGCAACAGUCUCCUCCCUUGCCUGGGACUCUGGAACCAUUUCAGUCUGGUGAAAGUAAGAGGCAGUUUGGGACUAGAAGGCUUUCGCGGAGAAAAGUCUGACAUGCCUAUCCUGUGUGACAGAUUGCUGAAGCUAAAAGAGAUGUUUAAUUCUAAGUUUGGAUCCAUUCCCAAGUUUUAUGUUCGAGCACCAGGAAGAGUCAAUAUAAUAGGAGAGCAUAUAGAUUACUGUGGAUAUUCUGUUCUUCCUAUGGCUGUAGAACAAGAUAUGUUAAUAGCUGUGGAACCUGUGAAAACACAUAUUCUCCAGCUGGCCAAUACCAAUCCCUUGUACCCGGACUUCACUACUAGUGCUAAUAACAUCCAGAUUGACAAAACCAAGCCUCUGUGGCACAACUAUUUCCUAUGUGGAUUUAAAGGAAUUCAGGAACACUUUGGUCUCAGUGACCUGACUGGAAUGAACUGCUUGGUCGAUGGAAACAUCCCACCGAGUUCUGGCCUCUCCAGCUCCAGUGCUUUGGUCUGUUGUGCUGGCUUGCUGACACUCACAGUACUGGGCAUGAGCCUAUCCAAGGUGGAGCUUGCAGAAAUCUGUGCCAAGAGUGAACGUUACAUUGGCACUGAAGGAGGAGGGAUGGACCAGUCCAUAUCAUUUCUUGCAGAAGAAGGAACUGCCAAGUUGAUAGAAUUUAGUCCUCUGAGGGCAACUGAUGUGAAACUCCCAAGUGGAGCAGUGUUUGUGAUUGCCAACAGUUGUGUGGAAAUGAAUAAGGCAGCAACUUCUCAUUUCAACAUCAGGGUGAUGGAAUGUCGGCUGGCUGCAAAGCUCCUGGCUAAGCACAAAAGCUUGCCAUGGAAAGAAGUGCUGCGGCUAGAGGAGGUGCAGGCCAAACUGGGGAUCAGUCUGGAAGAAAUGCUUUUGAUCACAGAGGACGCCCUUCAUCCUGAACCCUACAGCCCUGAGGAGAUCUGCAAAUGUCUGGGAAUUAGCCUGCAGGAACUCAAGACCCAAAUUCUCAGUCCAAACACUCAAGAUGGUGAGUCUGCUGCAGAAAAUAGAGCAUGUGUUGUUCCCCCACCCCCAGGUGGAAAGUUUCCGUGCCCCAUGGAUUUUUACUGAUUUUGAAGCAUGCUUGAGGGAAUUUGGAAAAUGU